AGGCAUGGGAACCACGGGUUUCCUUGGAAUCAUUGGCUCAAUGGACCAAGAAAUAACAGCCACAACCAAUGACAAGAUGGGCUCCUCCCCCUCUGGCUUAGCGUAAGAGGAAUAGAUAACCAGACUGUCCUGGCAGUUCAGUCACUAUGGGAUGGACAAGGGGCAGUCCCUGACCCAACUGCUCCAAGUGUCAACACACCUACCACCAUCCAGUCCUUGGAUGAUGAAGAUGUCUUUCUCUGUGGGAAGUGUAAAAAGCAAUUCAACUCAUUACCAGCAUUCAUGACCCACAAGCGGGAGCAGUGUCAGGGGAGCGCUCCUGCACUGGCUGCUGUCUCCCUGGCCACCAAUAGUAUCUACGCACCCUCCGUCACAUCUGUGCAGCAGGCUCCACCAGCCAAUCGCCAGCAGAUCUCUACCUACAUCACAGUGCCCCCAUCCCCUCUGAUCCAGACCCUGGUACAAGGGAACAUUUUGGUGAGCGAUGAAGUGCUCAUGUCAGCCAUGUCAGCCUUUACAUCACUGGAUCAGCCGAUGCCCCCUGUGCAGCCCCCUGUGCAGCCCCCGGUGCAGAGCAGCCUGAGUAUGCACUCAGGGCCUGGCUACCUCCCUCAGCCCCCACCACCUCCUCCCCCACCUCCGCCAUUGCCCCCUCCCCCUCCCCCACAAGCUCCUCCUCCUCCCCCUCCCCCUCCGCAGAACCUUGGGGCUCCAGGACGUCCCAACACGGGUAGCAGUGGAGUGGUAGAGGUUUACAAUGCCCCUGCCCCCCUGGCAGGAAGCAAUGUGGUAGAGAUCCAAGCGCUGGGGAUGCAGCCCUACCCACCUCUGGAGGUCCCAAACCAGUGUGUGGAGAAUCCUGUGUACCCCAGCCCCCCUGUGUAUAGCCCUGGGAAACAGGGCUUCAAACCCAAAGGGCCAACCCCACCUGCCCCCCUGACCAGCACCGCCAGUGGUAAUGUGGCUGCUUUCAAUUCCCCCUCCACGUUGAAGACCCGGCGCCCCAAAAGCGAUGGUGGGCUCCAAGAAGGAAAACCCAAGUGUCAGAAACUCAAGUGUACCUACUGCAACAAGACAUUCACCAAGAACUUUGACCUGCAGCAGCACAUCCGAAGCCACACAGGGGAGAAACCCUUCCAAUGCAUUGUCUGUGGCCGGGCCUUUGCACAGAAGUCAAAUGUCAAGAAGCACAUGCAGACCCACAAGGUGUGGCCACCAGGGCAUGGGUGCACCAUCUCCCGGAACUCAGUGACUGUUCAGGUCAUGGCCCUGAACCCCACCCAGCAGGAGAAUGAGGAGGACCCAGGGAUUAGCCAGCCCCCCAGGACUGUUCCCCAGCCUCAAGUCUUGGCUUCAGCUGAUGAAAGCGAGGCAGGAAAACUGGAAGCCAAGCAGGUGGUCCUCAUCGACAGCUCUUACCAGUGUCAGUUCUGUCCAAACAAGUUCAGUACAUACUUCCAGCUCAAGUCACAUAUGACCCAGCAUAAGAAUGAGCAGGUGUACAAGUGUGUCGUGAAGAGCUGCGCCCAGACGUUCCAGAAGCUAGACAUGUUCCUGGAGCAUAUCAAGAGUCACCAGGAGGAGCUGAGCUACCGAUGUCACCUGUGCAGCAAGGACUUCCCCUCUCUGUAUGAGCUGGGUGUGCACCAGUACUCUCACAGCCUCCUGCCUCAGCACAGCCCCAAGAAGGAUGUCACGGUCUACAAGUGUGUCAAAUGUGUCAAUAAAUACUCUACCCCGGAAGCCCUGGAGCACCACCUCCAGACAGCAACUCACAACUUCCCCUGUCCACACUGCCAGAAGGUGUUCCCCUGUGAGCGGUACCUUCGACGUCAUCUGCCCACCCAUGGCAGCGGGGGCAAGUUUAAGUGCCAGAUAUGUAAGAAGUUCUUCCGGAGGGAGCACUACCUCAAGCUGCAUGCCCACAUUCAUUCUGGUGAAAAACCCUUUAAAUGCUCUUUAUGCGACUCAGCCUUUAAUCGGAAAGACAAGUUGAAGCGACACAUGUUGAUCCACGAGCCAACCAAGAAAUACACGUGCCCCUUCUCGACGCAUACAGGUUGCAGUAAGGAGUUCAAUCGGCCAGACAAGCUGAAGGCUCACAUCCUUUCCCAUUCAGGGAUGAAGAUACACAACUGCCAGUUCUGCAGCAAAUGCUUUAGCCGCCGGGCCCAUCUCGUGGAGCACCAGCGCUCCCACACCGACAACUAUAAGUACCGCUGCUCCAGCUGUGGCAAGGGCUUCACACGGAACAAGUACCUGAAAGAGCACCGCUGCCGGCUGGGCCUGCUCAAGGACAAAGACGCCCAGGCCCGCCGACCCCCGAAGCAGCGGGGGGCUCGGGGCCGCAAGACAGCCCUGCCUGACGCUUUGGACCUGGAGGAACUCAAGGGCAAUGGCGAGGGGCCUGAGGGAGGGGGCACGAGCAAAGACCCUUUCCCAGAGUCAGAUGCAGUACUGUCUAUUGUGGUGGGAAGCUCAGUGGGUGGUGAGCCUGAGCUGGUGGUGCCUGGGCACUCGGACAGUAUGGGCCCCAACCUGACCCUGGCGGGACUGCAGUCUGGAGCCGAGGGCCCCUGUGCCAUGCUGGCCGUCCCUGUGUAUAUUCAGACCACUGAGUGACAGCGGUGGGGAGCUUGUGGCUGAACCUGGGUUUACUGGUGGGGCUGAGCUCCCCACCACUGCUGCUGCUGAGUGUCCUGGGCCAUAGGCACAGACAGAGUACUUCUCAGGCUUCUUCCCUGCCCUGAUAGGGAGAGGGGGGGACAACAGCCUACUGGGGCCUGUAAAGGCUAGGUAGAACCCCGUUAUGCAAACAGGGUGAAUCCUAGGGACUGCCUCAGGCCAGCCCAUGGUGCUGCUGUUGGGCCUGGUCCUGCCCUGGGAGCCUUGGGAGAUGGGACCUGAUGCGUGUCGGACUUGGGUUUAUGAUCCAGUCAGUAUGCCUGGUAUUUGGGCAAAUGGCCUUUGUGAGGGCAGACCAAUGAUCCUUCCAUCUGGAAGCAAGUCAACCAUGAAAAUCCUUUUGUAAUGUCAUUUAUAAAAGCCUCCCGUCCUUUA